AUGGGCUCGUUGCCGGAGCAGCAGCAGCAGCAGGUCGUCUUCCGGUCGACGCUGCCGGACAUCGUCAUCCCGGACCACCUCCCGCUCCACGACUACGUCUUCGAGCGCCUGGCGGAGCGCCGCGACCGCGCGUGCCUCGGCGCCGCCACCACCACGGCGAACCCGCUCCACACCCCGCCCGAGAUCGCCAAGCAGGCCGCGGCGUCGCGCGCCACCCUCGUGGUCACCGAGCCGGCGUUCGUCGCCAAGGUGCGGGGCCUCGCGGGAGUGGUCAUCGUCGCCACGGGCGACGGCGCCGAGGGCUGCGCCUCGUUCUCCGAUCUCGCGGCCGCCGACGACUCGGCUCUGCACGAGGCGCCCAUCGACGUGGCCAGCGACGUGGUGGCGCUGCCCUACUCGUCGGGCACCACGGGGCUCCCCAAGGGCGUCAUGCUGUCGCACCGCGGGCUGGUCACCAGCGUGGCGCAGCUCGUCGACGGCGACAACCCCAACCUCCACCUCCGGGAGGACGACGUGGUGCUCUGCGUGCUCCCCAUGUUCCACGUCUACUCGCUGCACUCCAUCCUGCUCUGCGGGCUGCGCGCCGGCGCCGCCCUCGUCGUCAUGAAGCGCUUCGACACGGUCAAGAUGAUGCAGCUGGUGGAGCGCCACGGCAUCACCAUCGCGCCGCUCGUGCCGCCCAUCGUCGUCGAGAUGGCCAAGGGCGACGCCAUGGACCGCCACGACCUCUCCUCCGUGCGCAUGGUCAUCUCCGGUGCCGCGCCCAUGGGCAAGGAGCUGCAGGACAUCAUCCACGCCAAGCUCCCCAAUGCCGUGCUCGGACAGGGCUAUGGGAUGACGGAGGCAGGUCCGGUGCUGUCGAUGUGCAUGGCGUUCGCCAAGGAGCCGUCGCCGGUGAAGUCCGGCGCCUGCGGCACGGUGGUGAGGAACGCGGAGCUCAAGAUCGUCGACCCGGAGACCGGGGUGUGCCUCGGGCGCAACCAGCCCGGGGAGAUCUGCAUCAGGGGGAGGCAGAUCAUGAAAGGGUACCUCGACAACCCGGAGGCGACGGCGGAGACCGUGGACAAGGAAGGGUGGCUGCACACCGGCGACGUCGGGUUCGUGGACGCCGACGACGAGAUCUUCAUCGUGGACCGGCUCAAGGAGCUCAUCAAGUACAAGGGGUUCCAGGUGGCGCCCGCGGAGCUCGAGGCCAUGCUCAUCGCCCACCCCGGCAUCGCCGACGCCGCCGUCGUCCCGAUGAAGGAUGACGCCAGCGGCGAGGUCCCUGUGGCGUUCGUGGUGCCGUCGUCGGACAGCGCCGACAUGACCGAGGACGAGAUCAAGCAGUACGUGGCGAAGCAGGUGGUGUUCUACAAGAGGCUGCAGAAGGUCUUCUUCGUGAGCACCAUCCCCAAGGCGCCGUCGGGCAAGAUUCUGAGGAAGGACCUCCGAGCAAAGCUGGCCGUCGGAUCGUGCUGA